AUGAGGAGAUCGCCCCAUCUAAAUGGAGGAAGCUCCUCGGGAAAAUGGCCAUAUACUGCAGCCUAUUCGGCCUUCUUCGACGACAAAGUUGCGAAGUGUAGGGACGACUGGAUGAAGGUGGUCGACGACCAUAUCUUUGCCAGAUCCCAACCGAUCAUUGAUGGGUUCUCUGGAGGACUCGGCUACCCUUUCAUCCAUCUCCCCUACGCCCUCGAAGUUGACGACAAGCAAGUCGCCACGGAAGCCUUGAGCAUGGGCUGCACCGAGUACGAUCCUACUCACGAGAUUCCGGAUCUCCCUCCACCGGACAACGAGCUGCUCACGCGUUUGUAA